AAACAUUUAUUUACUGCUAUAGGGUUUAACCCUAAAAAAAAACUAUAUAUUUAUUAUAAUAAUUAUCAAACAAUUAACCUACUUACUAAGCCUAAUUUAAUUUAUAAAACUAAAUUAAAAUAUAUAAAUAUUAGUAAUCACUGGCUCAGGUAA